UGUCAUGUAGGCUUUCGCCAGCUGGGAAACACGUGACUUCCUCUCGCAACCAAGAUGGCGUCGUGGACGAAGAUGUUUGCACUUUUCUCUCUCGUUUUGCUGUUUUUCUGCAGUUCAAAUGCCCAAACAUGUGUGGGCCCCACCGUAGAGGCUACCUCAUUCACCUCCGCGGAGGCUAACCUGGCCAUGGAGACAACCUUCCUGGUGGAGUUCACCCUCUCCUGCAAGAACGCAGCCAAGGACCUAGUUCUGCACGCAGACAUCGGAGACCGUCAGUUCCCGGUGAGCCGCAGCGCCGACGGGAUGCGCUACCAGAUCAGCUGGACUGCCGAACACAAGCAGGCGCCCGCCGGCAGCUACGAAGUCAGGUUCUUCGACGAUGAAGGAUUCGCCGCACUCAGAAAGGCCCAGAGAAGUGACCAGGAUGUGAAUGCUGUCAGCUCACUCUUCACCAUAACAGUUCAUCACAGGGGCGUGUCCCAGGGUCCUUGGGCCAGCUCGCCGACCGUUGCCGCCGUUGCUGCGUUCGCCGUCUGGCUGUUCGCCUACAGAGCCAAGCGACAGAUCCAGGAUUGAACGCCGACACACCAGCCAAUGGGAAAACAACGUCUUUUACACCAAGAGUGAACAAAUAAAAACUUUUAAUACCAUUCGCUA